AUACAUCCGGUGUGAACAGCACAUACAGUCUAUGGGCUCACCAGGGUUGUAUGCUUGUCCUUCAGUAGAGCUAACCAGCUAACCACAAAGUCUUCUUUUUAAACCCUUUCUACAUUUAGCAGGGCUUUGAAGAAAACCACACCGCUUUGGACCAUGGCGGCAAGGAUUUUGCCCGUUGUGAAACUGGCCACCAAGGUGACUAUUGCAGGAGGAGCUCUCUAUGUCGCCUGUGACUCUGGUCUGUUGGGGAGCAGUGACCAGGGCUCAGAGGCUCUGAAGAAGGCCAAGGCUGCAGUACCCCCCGCCAUAGAGGAGUGGAUGAAAUACUUUGGCCUAGAGGCUCAGCUUCCAACCAUGCCUACGGUUGAGUUCUCUCCUGUUCAGUCGUGGAACUCUGGGGUGCGGCAGGUCAUUUCAGCUCUUUCAGAGGCUCCAACAAAAGCCACAGGCUACACAAAUCAGGGUUUGCAGUACUUAAAAGACCUCACCAAGUAAACAAUAAUAUCUCUCUGGACAACCUGACAUUUAUCAAUCUUUUUGAGUUUUUGCACUUGACAAACACAAGACAUUAUUUCUUCAAAACGUGUUGCCCCCUGCCAGGAGAGAAGAAAAACCCAACAAGAAUGCAAACAGUUACACAGAAAGUGGAUGAAAAAAGAGACAAGUGCAGUCAAUGUGUACUGUGGAUCUCUAAGUGAUAGUAGCAUUGGUUGGGAGUUGUAGUGUCCAUAAUGAUAGAAGGCAAAAUAUACUUUAAAAAAAGCUGUUCUUUCACAUUGUGUGUACAUUAAGUCUGGAUCUAAUCCACAAUAUCUCUCCCCUUUGUUCUCAAGCCAUCCAAAUAAUGUUAUGAAGAGAAUGUCUGUUGUGUAUAUAUGCAGUUUCACUAUUUGUGAUUACAUAAAACAUAAAUCUUAAAACAUG